UAUAAUAAAGACAAAUAGAUGUUGAAAUGGGAUGGUUGAAAAAUGUAUUGUGCAGUGUGAAAUGGAUACUUGGUUUCGAUGAUGAAAUUGUUGAGAAAAAAUCAAUUGCUGCUACACCAUUUGUGACUCACAAACCUAGCACCCAAUAUGUUGAUGAGGAUGGGGACAUUGCUGAAGAAUUUUACGAAGAAGUUAUUUCAAGCCAUGGCUUUCCAUGGAUGAAAAGAAUUACAGAACGCCUUUGUUGGCAGGGUUUGGUUGCGCUUGAAUUUCCUCGUUUACACUACGAUUUUCCGAUUGUCAUUUAUCACAAUUGAAAACUUUGAUUUUAUAUUGAAGGUGGCGUUAAAAGUUAUAUUUUAACAUAUAUUUUUAAAUAUAUAUUAAUGAAGCGCUAUAUCUAUUAUUUACAGUUGGUAAAUGACGUUGUAGUCAAAUAAUGAAUAAAGGAAGUGACUGGUUAAGAAUGUUUUAAUAUUUUGGAUUUUGAAUUAGAUUUAUAUAACGAAAUAUGGACUAAUAUAACGAAAUGUAAACAAUAAUGUAAAUUUUAUUUUUACUUUUUAGAAUUUUAUUGUAACAUACUUCAAA